AUGUUGGCUUGGUGGCACUGCGAUGUUGUUGAACAAGCAUCUCUAUUCAACAUUCUUCAUUUAUAUUCACCAAUUCAACCAUCUGUGACUGUGGCGCUAGCUAUUCCUGGAUUACCUUUGCUUGGGAACCUGCUACAGUUGAAGGAGAGGAAACCCUACCUCACAUUUGCAAAAUGGGCAGAGGUUUACGGUCCCAUAUACUCAAUCAGACUAGGAAGUACUUCAAUGGUGGUUCUCAACUCAACAGAAAUCGCCAAAGAGGCUCUAGUCACCAAGUUCUCAUCUAUAUCAACUAGGAAGCUUUCAAAUGCUCUGACAACCAUCACUUCAAAUAAAGCACUUGUAUCCACAUGCGACUAUGGUGAAUACCACAAAAUGGUUAAGAAAUAUGUUAUUUCAGGUGUUUUGGGAGCAAAUGCACAGAAGCGAAAUCUUCAUCACAGGAAUACUAUGAUAGAGAAUGUUGUGUCUAAAUUGUCUGCUAAGAUCAAUGAUGAAGAUUGUAGCUUGGUUGAACUCAGAGAGCCAUUCCAGUCUGAGUUGUUCCAAUUGGCCCUAAAACAAAGUUUAGGCAAUGCUGUAGACUCUAUUUAUGUGGAGGAACUUGGGCAGACAAUUUUAAAGAAAGAGAUGCUUGAGAUCUUAGUUCUUGAUCCAUUGAUAGGAGUUAUUGAGGUUGACUGGAGGGAUUUCUUCCCAUAUUUGAGAUGGAUUCCAAAUAAGAGCAUGGAAAUGAAAAUUCAGCGGACGGCAAAACGAAAAACUGCAGUAACAAAGGCUCUGAUUAACCUACAAAAAGAGCGUAUUGGUCGUGGAGAGGAAAUUAGCUGCUAUUUGGAUUAUCUCUUGUCAGAAGAAACCACAUUAACAGAAGAUCAAUUCAUUGCAUUGAUCUGGGAAGCAAUAGUUGAAUCAUCUGAUACCACAAUGGUUGUAACUGAGUGGGCUAUGUAUGAAAUUGCUAAGAAUCCAACCAAGCAGGAUCGUCUUUAUCAGGAAAUACGGAAAGUAUGUGGAAUGAAGAAAAUCACCGAGGAACAUCUUCCAUAUUUGCAAUAUCUAAAUGCUGCUUUCCAUGAGACCCUCAGACUUCACCCUCCAGUUCCUAUAAUUCCUCCUAGACAUGUUCAUGAAGAUACCCAGUUGGGUGGAUAUAACAUUCCAGCUGGGACUGAUAUCACCAUUAAUCUAUAUGCAUGCAAUAUGGACAAGAAGGAUUGGGACGAACCAGAAAAAUGGAAGCCUGAAAGGUUUCUAUCAGACAAGUAUGAGCCAAUGGACAUGCACAAGACAAUGGCUUUCGGAGGAGGGAAAAGGGUGUGCGCAGGAUCUCUUCAGGCAAUGCUAAUCUCUUGCAGAACUAUUGGUCGAUUAAUACAGGAGUUUGAGUGGAAGUUGAAGGAUGGAGAAGAAGAUAAUAUAGAUACCUUGGGGCUUACAACUCACAAACUCCAUCCAAUGCAGGCCCAAAUAAGGCCAAGGAGUUCAUGCGGCUUGGUUGAAAAUCUUCUUCUUUAA